AUGUUCAACCGUCUGCCGAAACGCCACAACGUAGAACCCGUUUUCCAAAUAGUAUCGCAGCUUCUAUCCGGCUUCCCAGACCUAUCGCUGUCUGAUACCUCCGAACCGAUGGGCGACUGCUAUCGCGCGCCUGCCGAUAGCAUCUCCAACGGUGAUGCGCUACACCAAGAUGCACCGAAGAAAUUACACAGGCUUCCACCACGAAGGGCCCACCGGAAGUCGAAAUCACACGGAGAAGCCCUUACGAACACCGGGAUGGUGGUGAGCCGCAGCAAAAGUGUUGACGAUCUCACAGCCACCGGUGCCGUGUCCGAUUCCGAUGACGAGGCCACGUUGCACCCCAAAUCACAUGAAGCGAUCAAACACAGCGGCCCUGUGGUAAAGCAACUCCUUCGCUCGAAGGAUCAACAGAUCGCGAAGCUGAUCGACAAGCUGACGGCCGUGUUCGAGUGCAACAAUCAGUUCGCUGUGGAGCACGAGAAGCUGCAGAAAGACUACCAGCGGGUGGUUCAAAAUUUGCGCACACUUGAAACCAUCCAACCGAAAAGCUGCGACCGAUGCGCGGAAUCGGAAACCGAGCGAGGUGCUGUGGCGAAGGAAUCCGCGGACCUGCGGAAUGAUCUGAAGAUGAUGAAGAUCCUAGUGUACCGGCUAAAUGUGCAGAUCGAGCGGUAUCAGGAUGCAGUGCGGGAAGGCAGCAGCAGUGUCCCGAAGCUUGACUUUGUCGACAGCACGUACGGUGGGACGAAGGACAAUCUCAAUUGGGGACCGGUCAAUACCCACACACUUGGGCCACUGCUGAACGCGUACGAAGAAACCAUCGCAGAAAAGGCGGAUCUCGUGCAGCAGUACGAAUCGGAACUGAUCGGUUUUACCGGGAAGAUGAAGAAGGUGCUGGAAGAGAACGAGGCCCUACAGAAGGCAGCGGAAGAACGACGAACGGCGCAGGCAGUUUGGGUGACCGAAAGGACACGCUUGCAGGCGCAGGUUGAUGUGUUACGCAGUAAGGCAGAAGUACAGGGCAAACGAGCCGAUCUGGCGAAGGAAAAACUUGUCGAAGUACUAAAGUGUUACGAGCAGAAAGUCCAAGCUCAGUCUCUCGACAUUGAGCGACUUCAGGAAGCGUAUACACGCUCGAAAGUCGAGCUUACAUCUCUCCGGAACAUCAAUCAAAACCCCGAAGUUAUAUCAGAUAGUUUGAAAGAAUGCCAGAAACUUCUGGAAGAUUUGCGGCUGCAGUACAGCAAUGAUCGUGCGCAAUCAGCUAAAGAUGCCGAAGCAAUCAAAGCCGAUCUUCAGCAAAAAUCAACCGAACUGGAGCAACUGCGCCAGGAACAUCAACAUCAGCUCACCAUAUUUGAGCGUCAGAAAGAAAUCAAUGAAAUUCUGAUGGGAAAGAACACGACGCUUAAGCAAACGCUCGAACGCACACGACAAUCGAAGGAAAUUCUCAAACAGCGGCUCAAAACGAUGAUCAGCUGGGGCAAAGGAUCCGAACAGCGUAAGGACCAACUGCAGGAGUGCUGGCGCAACAUUCGAGCGCUGCAGGCUCAGCUGCAGCAACGGGACGCGCAGAUGCAAUCACUCCAACAGCGCUACCAGGCGGAACACGAUCAGCUGCAGCGUCGUCUGCGCCAACGGGAGGACACGCUCCGGAAGAUCCUUAUGGAAAAAGCACAAUUUCACCGCCAAGGUUGAUGCGAGCACU